GCCCUACCGAUAGUUGAUAAAUAUUGAAUAGCAAUCGAGAGAGUCAAGGUCAUGUUUACACCUUGUCUCAGUAAAUUGAUGAAUUCAUCAUCGCAACAUCUAUACGUACCGUCGUCAAACAUGCAACAAAUGGUGCUACUUCAGUGUUAGGCCUUUACGAGCGCUAUAAAUCAACAGGCCGGACUAGUUGGCGCUCAGCAACCAAUGAACCGACAGCCAUAGCGGUAGCUCUGAAUUGUCAACGAAGAAGACGCAAAAACCGAUAGAAAUGACCAACUCCGUAGUGGCCUUCUGCACAUCGUUAGUUCAGCAAGAAUUUUUUGUUGACUUCGCCACUGCUUGUCGUCAAUCGAGACUUAUUUAAUCUGUUUAUGCAAACGCGAACGCAGAUCUGUGAAAAAUGGCGACGCGCUCGGGACGUAACCUCUCUAAUGGAGAUCUCCAGGGUGCCGCCGAUGCUGAGAAAGAAAUGCUGUUGAACAAUGAUAGUGAACCCGAAGAAGACACACUUUUCGAUCGUCCAACCUCUGCAGAUGGACAGUUACACAUCGAUGGUAAAAUAUCUAGUGUUCGAAUUCAAAUCAAAGAAGUUACGGAUGUAAUGAGAGACAAUGUUCAACGAGUUAUGGAACGCGGAGAUCGACUAGAAGAUUUACAAUUAGCUAGUGAUCGACUAACGUCAGCUGGGGACGAAUUUCGCGAAGCUGCAAAACGAGCCCAACGCCGAGCAUGGAUGCAGCACAUGCGGACAAGAAUUAUUAUUGCAAUUAUUACAAUAACAGCGAUUCUUUGUAUUAUAGUUUUGGAUAUCUGGGUGCUUUACCUCGUUGUCAGGUAGCCAAUCUCUGUAGUAGGAGCAACGGCUUAGUUCCCAUCAUCAUCAAGUAUUUUUGACCCGUGGGUGAAAGUUCUAUUUCAGCCACUACAAUUCCAAUUCGUGACAUUUUAUUUGAAACUUCUAUUGGUUGCUGUGCAGCAAAUGUGAUGUAGGUCAUUAGUCAUAAAUAAUAUUAUUGCUAUUGAUGUUUAUAAAGGUUUAUAAAUGGUUUAAUAUUUUAUAUUAAGUUU